AAGCAGCACACCGGCAGGACACACCGGGAGCCGUGCCCAUGGAUCCGGUGGACCGGCCCAGGACGACGAAGCGGAAGCAAGAAAGAGGAGUCCACUGUUCACGGCAGGCGGCCAACACGCAGGGAUGCCGGGCCCGUCCGGUCCGGCUGGAAGCGCCCGGGGCCAUCCCUGGACCGCGGAGCGUCUCUGCCGGGCGUCCUACCAGGAGCUUGGGACUCCCGCCGAGGUGGAGAACCUGUUCAAGCAGCACCUCCUCUCCUCGUGCCGGUCUUCGCUAGAGGUCCUGCUGUCGUCGGAGAGCCGGACCACCCGCGACUACUCGCUGGAGAUCGACGCCUUUGAUCUCUUUGUGGCCAAUCCCGUCCUCGGCCACCUCCUGCUCAAGUUUCCCAACACCCUGGUGCCGCUGCUCGAAAAGGCCAUCGUCGAGGCCCAGAACGACCUCCUCGGCCAGCUGGAAGCCGGGGAGGAAGAGGAGGGGCUGGCAGCAACCGGGGACGCGAACCAAAGCCACCGUUCCGUCAAGGGCAGGGCAGGGUCGCGGGUCCACGCCCGGAUCUUCCACCUCCCGCCGACCUGUUCCAGGACGUCGGUCGCCUCCCAGGCCACCGACGUGGGGAAGAUCGUACAGCUCUCGGGAACGGUGGUGCGGACCUCGGCGGUACAGAUGUACGAGUCGGCCAGGACCUACAGGUGUGCGGGGAAGAACGGCUGCUCCGGGACCUUUGUGCAGGAAGCCGACCUCGAGCAGCAGAACAACGCCAUGGUGGUCCCGGAACGCUGCCCCCUCUUCUCAAAGGACGGCAAGCGGUGCAGCGGGACCAACCUCAAGGCCACCAAGGACGGGUCCGUCCACACCGACUACCAGGAAAUCAAGAUCCAAGAGUCGGCCUCCAAGCUCGGCGUGGGCAGCAUACCCCGGUCGCUCCUGAUCAAGCUGCAGCACGACCUGGUGGACUCGUGCCAGCCGGGGGACGAGGUGGUGGUGGUGGGGAUCCUGCUGGCCCAGUGGCAACAGGCGGCGCAGCCGGGCCUCGAGUGCCAGGUCGGCAUGGCCCUCAAGGCGCACUCGGUGCGGGUCACACAGGAAAACGGGGGCUCGGCUUUUGUCGAGUCGUCCGUGGGGGAGCUGGACAAGUACAAGAAGGAAUUCGACGUCUUUUGGGACGCCAGGGGGAGGCGGGACUACCCGAUCGCGUCGAGGGACUUUAUUUGCACGGCGGUGUGUCCCAAGCUCUACGGCCUCCAGGUCAUCAAGCUCGCCCUGUUGAUCACCCUCAUCGGCGGGGUGUCGUCGGGUUCGCUGGACGGUGCCAGCAGCGGCGACAUGAAUGACAACGACAACGGCGAUAACAACAACGACGACGACGACGACGACGACGACGACGACGAAACCGAUGCCUGCAGGGGAACGGGGAUGCCCCCGCUGUACCACCACGCGAUGCGACCGGAAUCCUUUCGGGUCCUCUCCACCGGGGAUUCCUCGUCGCACAACGGGAACAUUUACGGCGAGAACGCCGGCAGCGGCCGGUCCGGGACCAAGACCCCUUCCGCCGGGGGUGAGACCAUUGUAACGACCCGGCGGAGGGACAUGUCCCACAUGCUCCUCAUCGGAGACCCGGGGACGGGCAAGUCCCAGGUGCUGAGGUUCGCGGCGGCCCUGUGCCCGCGCUCGGUGCUGACGACCGGCGUGGGGACGACAUCGGCCGGGCUGACCUGUGCCGCGGUCCGCGAGGGCAACGGAAAAGAGGUGCGUGGGAGCGUGGGUACCGUUCCACCCGAAGCAGAACCCGACACGCCUGCUUUCCGCGGCGGGCAGAGGCACGAACCGAUCGCACCGGUUACGGCAUUCCAAUGUGGCCUUUCUUUGUUGCUGACUCUUCUCUUUCUCUCUCGACUUCUCGAUCUCUCUGUGCCAUGUUUUGUGUCUCAACACCGAUAGUUUGCUCUGGAAGCCGGUGCGCUCGUAUUGGCCGACAAAGGCAUUUGUUGCAUCGACGAAUUCGGUUGCAUUCGGAACGAAGACCGGACGACCAUUCACGAAGCCAUGGAGCAGCAAACACUCUCGAUAGCAAAAGCGGGCAUCGUCUGCAAACUCAACUGCCGCGCCACCGUGAUUGCCGUCAUGAACCCACGGAACUGCAUCUACGACAACCACAUGUCGCUGGCCCACAACACCGGGCUCGGGACGCCGCUCUUGUCGAGGUUUGACCUGAUCUUCAAGCUGGUGGAUUCCUCCGAUGCAGAAAGGGACAGCAAUGUGACGACGUAUCUCCUGAACCGUGCCAUCCAGGGCACAGGUUUUGAAUGCUCGAGCACUUCGGCCGGAAUCGCCGGGGAAGACACCCCCUGGUCCAUGGAAAAGCUGAGAGCCUACAUUGCUAUUGUCAAGGACCGCUUCCAGCCCUCCAUUAGUGACGAAGCUGCACGCCUGCUCGAGGCGCACUACGAAAAAGUGCGAUCCGCACAGUCCUCUUCGAUUCCCGUCACCGUUCGCUUCCUCGAGUCCCUGAUUCGCCUGUCGCAGGCCCACGCCAGGCUCAUGUACCGCAACACCGUUCACCUGGAGGACGCCGUCGCCGUGUUGCGGGUCAUGGAAUGCAGUGCGCAUGCCUACGGAGGUUUUGACGGAAACGUGGACGACCCGGAAAACAUCUUGUACGGGGAUCCCAUGCACAUGGAUACAUGUGUUUACGCCCCGGACGAAGACUUUGUCGUCUUCGAGUACAGCAUACUGAAGCGCUACGACAUGCUGGAAUACAUGUCAAACGAUCUGCGAAACCAGGCACUGGCGCUGCUGGAAGGAGAAGACGACAACGAUGCGAUGGGAUUCGGGCCAACGACAUGGAACAAUAUUGCGAAUCCGCACGAUCGGCCGGGGACGGUUGGAGAAGACCACUACGGGCGUUCGUACUUUUCGCCGGGUCCACCGAGCCAAUCGCAAACCCAGACCCCCAACACAAAACGGCGAAAAGUGAUGUGAACAACGGGAUUCUCCCAUUACAUUGUCCGUGAUGGUUCCCGGAAUUUCAAGACCAAAAGCUUGUGAACGGUGUGCAAUCGAUCGAUCGAAAGAGAGGUGGCAGGACAGUAGUGAGCGCAACCCAGCUGUACCACUAGAAUAGAAAGAACAAUUUGCU